AUGGCUCAGAGACAGCUUGGCACCGCGGGCGCCGAGCGCAUGAACCUGGUGGCCCAGGACGAGAUCUGGAAAUACCGUCUGAAGGCUGAAUCCGAGGCACGGAAAAACUGGCCCCAGAACUGGGGAUUUUUAACAACCCCUGUGGAGGAGUUAAUCAAGGGUGAAGAAGAAUCCCGCACCCCAAAGCCCAAAAUCCAGCUUCCGGAGCGUUUCCACAUCCGGCAAAUGACCCCUGUGGAGAAGUACAUCAAGGUCCUUCCGUCCCCCCCAGUCCCACAGACGUCCCAGGGCUUCAUCGGCUGGAGGUCGGCAGUGCCAGGCCUGAACAAGAGCCUGCAACUUGACUUUGAGAUCAGAAGCUGCAAAGGGGUCUACGCCCGAGAGUUGGGCUGGCCUAAGCAAGGCAUCUACUGA